AUGUCAGCGCCUCCGCCGCCCCAGCUGGCCCCGCCCUCGGCUUCGGUCUGGGUCGAGUAUCGCAACCCGCAGGGACGCCCCUACUGGUACCACACCAUCGACAAGCGCAGCGUGUGGGACAAGCCCGUCGAGCUAAAGACGCCCCGCGAGCGCGCCCUCGACUCGACGCCGUGGAGAGAGUACAAGUCUGGCGACCGCUCCUACUACGUCCACGCAGAGACCAAGCAGUCGACCUGGACGUUGCCCCCCGAGGUCAAGCAGCUCCUCGAGCAGUUUGGAGGCGGCGAAUCCACCCCCUCUGCUGCUGCGGCGGCGGCCGCGCCACCUCUCGUCGGUCCCAACGGCAGCGUCACACCCCAUGGCGGCACUCCCUCGCUACCCGCUGCAGCCAGGAUGGGCGGCGCCAGCGGCGGCCCGGGCAUGGCGUCGCCCAUGGCCCACGUCGCCUCGCCCUUGGCGCCCGGCUUCAGCGCAGCCAGCCCCAUGCACCACCAGCAGCACCAUCCCAUAGACCCUGCCGCCGGCCCCGUCCGACCUCCGCCCGGAUACGGUGCUGGCCCCGGCUACGGCCCCGGCGGACCUGCUGGCGUCCGUCCCCAUGGCCCGCCUCCAGGCUUCUCGCCGCCAGGGCCCGCUUCGACGACGAUGCCCGUCCGACCGUCUCCGGGCUUCGACGCCGGUCACGCCCGCAGUCACCAGCCUGCCCCAGCGCCCGCCGCCCUCGACGGCCGUCCGGGCCGACCCGGGGGCCCCUUCCGCGGCGACCAGAACUCGGCCGAGGCGGCAUUUAUCUCGCUCCUCGAGCAAAAGAAGGUCGACGUCGACUGGACGUGGGAGGUGACGAUGCGCGCCAUCAUCACCGAGCCGCUGUACAAGGCGCUCAAGACGAUCGCCGAGCGCAAAAACGCGUUUGCCAAGUACAUUGAGCGGCUCAAGAGGCAGCGGGCCGAGGAGAGGGCGCAGCGGCUCGAACAGCUGCGGCCCGUCUUCCGCGCCAUGGUGACCGGCAAGGACUCGCGCGUCAAGCCGUACCACAGCUUCGCCACGUUCAAGAAGCUCUGCGGCCACCAGCCGGGUUUCCGCGAGGCGCGCGACGACGACGAGGCGCGCGCCGCCUACGACGCCGUCAUCCGCGAGGUCCAGGAGGCCGAAGCGGCGUCGCAGCGCGAGAUCCGCCACCGCAACAUGGACAUGCUCAUGUCGCUGCUCAAGACCUUCGAGGCCGACGUGCUGACGCGCUGGCGCGACGCGCACCGCACCGUGCUCGAGUCGGACGAGUACGCGCAGGAUGCGCACCUCAAGACGAUGGACGUGGCCGACAUGCUCAUCGUGUUUGACGAGCACAUGAACGGCAUCGAAAAGGAGGCGACCGAGGCGCAGCGCCGGCAAGAAGCGGCGCAGCGGCGCAAGGAGCGCAAGAACCGCGACGAGUACAAGAAACUCCUCGUCGAGCUCAAGGAGCGCGGCGAGCUGACGACGCGCAGCACGUGGGGCCAGGUGUUUGACAAGGUCAAGGACGACGGGCGCUUCCUGCGCCUCGUAGGCCAGGCCGGGUCGUCGCCGCUGGACCUGUUUCACGACAUGGUCGACGACCUCGACCGGCUCGUCGAGCGCCACAUUGGCGCGGUCCAGGCGCAGCUGGCCAAGACGGGCAACGAGGUCAAGCAGACGACGACGUACGACGAGUUUGCAUCCUGGCUCGCGCCCAGCGGCGCUCGGUCGCCCCCUUCUUCGUCUUCGUCGUCGUCGUCGGCGGCGGCGGCGGCAUCGAGUCUGCCGGGCGAGGCGGACCUGCGCGUCGUCUUCCACCACCUGCACGCCACCGUGAUGCAGCGCUUGGCCGAUGAAAGGCGCCGGGCGGAGCGGCGCCGACGCCACGCCAUCGACGACCUGCGGUACGCGUUCAAGAAGAUUGACGCGCCGCCGCUCGACGUGGAUGCGCCGCUCGACGAGGUGCUGCCGCGCCUGGCGGAUCUGAAAGAGUACCGCCAGCUCGAGGGGGAUCGGGAGGCGGUCGAGGUGGCGUGGGACAGGGAGGGCCAGGGGGCGGCGCGCGGCGGCGAUGAUGAGAGCGAAGAGGAGGAAGGUCAGGUCUAG